GACCAGAGGAGUUACCGUGAUCCAUAUUUGUUCUCUCUAAGUUUUUUCUCUCUCUCAAGAAUUUUCUAUCGUCUCAUUCUCCCUCACAAAUUAGGGUUUUUGCGAAUCUCUUAUCUUUUGAAAUCGAAUCCAACGGUUCAGCCAUGGUUUCCGAUUCAAUCGCCGCCGCUCCGAUUCUUUCCGCCGCAAACACUAAGAACCCCGGCAAGAAGAAGAGGACCAACAGGUCUGCUAAAUUGAAGCAGCAUAAGAUUGAUGCCCGUCGCGAGCAAUGGCUAUCACAAGGUACGGUCGUCAAGAGCAAGGGGUGCAAGGACGGAGUGGACGAUGACGGCCACGCGCCGCCGUUGCCAGCAAUGAAACACGGCAAACGCUCGUUGGAGCCUUUGGAGACGAGGCAUGGUGGAGGCGAAGAGGAUGAUGGUUCGAUCCAUCAGGACAGCGAUUUGGAAUCGCCAUCUAACUGUCCCAACAGUCUUAAUUUGUGUGGUAACGAUUCUGGGACAAGUUUCACAGGUGGCAGCAGCAUCGGCGGCAGCAGCAGCAGCAGCAGUAGUUCUAGCAGUGCCGGGUGCUGCUCCGGGAAUAUCACUGAAGAAGAAGACGAAGAAGAAGAAGAGGGUGAUGAUGGAUGCUUGGAUGAUUGGGAGGCUGUGGCAGAUGCUUUAGCCGCCGAUGACAAGCAUGAGAGCCCUUGUUUGGAUUCCCCCCCUGCACGUAAUGAACCUGUUCUGCAAACUGUUUUGCCUAACGAGUCAAAUUCAGGAGCUCCGAAUUCAAAACCAGAGAGUGGUAGGUUGGUUCCUUGGGCCACUGGUAAUAGUCGAGCUUGGAGAGCUGAUGAUGCUUUUCGACCUCAGAGUUUGCCCAAUCUGUCUAAGCAGCACAGUUUGCCGAAUCCGGACCGGCUUUUUGGAGCAGGGGUCCCUUGGGUUCGCACUUCUCCGCCAUCCCCAUGUCCAAUUUGCUUUGAGGAUCUCGAUUUGACGGAUUCGAGUUUCUUGCCUUGCCUGUGUGGGUUUCGGCUUUGUCUUUUUUGCCACAAGAGGAUUCUUGAGGAGGAUGGCCGUUGUCCUGGGUGUAGGAAGCCGUAUAAGUGUGAAACUAUCGAGACAGAGACAACUGUGCUUGGAGUUGGAGGCAGCCUGGCUCUUAGGUUGGCUCGUUCCUGUAGCAUGAUCGAAAGGUCUUGAGAGAUUCUCCGUUUUCAUGAGUUAUGUACGCCGUGGUCUCUUCUUUUUUGCAUUAUUCCAUCGUCUGUAUUUUAGUUCGAAAUAUCUGAUUUUCAUAGGUCUAGUUGGUUUAGGUUUAUGGGUUUUUUUAGCACCGCGAAAUCAAGUUGUUUCUCAUUUGAUCGUGCAUGUGUUAAUGUAGAAUACUCAUGUUGGUAUGUGAAUACAUAAGGUGGUAUAGAAAUUCAAUACAUUGAAAAUAGUUCCUGCUGCUUGUGGCUUAUUUCCUUUAUGCUUCCAUUUCUUCGCAUUUUCUGCACAUUUUCUGUAUUCCAAGUUCAGAUACUUUACAUAUUGAAUAUAAUCAUGUUUAAUUGAACGUGCUCGAAUUUUGGAUUGUGUAAAUUCAAUUUUUGCUCGUGUUGCGAUGUAUUAUGUUUAAGUUCUUUCUUUUGCACUUGCAGUUAUUGCAUUCUGAGGCUGCUUAUGAUGCUGUCCUACUUCUUUAUAUCCCUUUUUCGUUGCUCUUCAUUUGAUAUCUUCGUAACUAUAUAUUAAUGUAUUGAGGGUAGAUGCUAAUGAUCAUUAGUCAAAUUCUCUGAGUUUCCUCUAUCCUUCAAUCAAUUUUGUUUUUGUUUUUAUAAAUAAGGAGGGCUAAGGCCCAGAAAACAAAGGAAAUUAAGAACUACAUCCUUUAAUCAUUUUUAAAAUGUCUUAUAGCUUAAUGCUUCACUCUGUCUUCGAAUGAUGGAAGAGUUGGGGGUAUUUUUUUGACUCAUUCUUCUGCUUGGAAAUAAUAUUGUUUGCCAUAUUAUGCAUCAUAUUCUUAAAAUCUGUUAUUAUUUUAGUUAAGAAUUGUGUUGGCAGUGACAGUGUUAGUAAAGCUCUGAAGACUUGAUGAACUGAUAGGUAACUAAAGUUCAAAAAUAAAUAUUUAAUCGUUCAACAAACUGGCUUGUGAGCUGUUUAUGACCAUCAAGGAUGGUGCAGAAGCACUCUGUUGUCUGUAUUUUUUGCUUCUAGUCUUGCUUUACAUUUGACAAAAUUUCUCUCAUGCAAAAUUUGUUUAAUAUGGAUAUCGUUGCAUAUGUCAGAUAUAUGCCAUUGUUAAAGCUUGGUCCUUCUUUGCUCUAUGUCUCCUACUACCCUUACUUAAAAAGAUUCUGCUGAUUUGAUUUGCUUUUCCUAAUGUGAGUUAUCAUUGUCAAUAUAGCUUGAUUUAAUAUACUUAUGACAUUUGAACAUUGUUUUUGUUUCAUGUUGAUUCUAUUCUAGGAACCUAUAUACUUGUGGUAAGUAUAAAUUUGAAGGCUGGUCAGUAGGGUUUUCAAGUUUUUCAAGGUAUGGUAAUAAUAUCUUUAUGGCAUUGCUGUAUAUGCUUCUUAUAAGUUUGAUUCAGAGUUAGUCAAUGAAUAAUUUUCCCUUCCUGUUUCCUUGGGGUUCUGAUAAUUGGUGCUUGACUAGUUUAUCUUUGAUUUCUACCAACCACUGUCAGAUUAUCAUCCUGAUUUCCAAAAUUCUUUCAAAUUGGUACUUCUUUUAAGUAGAGUACAUCAGUAUUAGUUCUUGUGCAGAACAAUCAUUACAUUAUGUGUGCAACUUCUAAUGCAUUUUUGUGGGAAACCUUCUAAUGCAUUUUACAUGUGUAUAUAUUUUUUGCUCCUCCCUCCUUUAUCUGUUUUCACUCAAAACCAAGAGACCCACAAAAUAAGCGAAGUCAACUAUAAUCUUGAACAUGGAAGUUGGACUAUUUGUAUAAGAGUUUAAAGUUUCUAAAGUUAUUUUAGAUAACUUUAUCUAAUGUUCACCAAAAUACACACAUAAAAGUGUAUUGGGCCCAUUUUUUUUUCUCUCUCUUCUCUUCAUAUGGGUCCACAUGGACCCCAUGCGUUUUUUUGUGUGUGUUUUGAUGAACAUUGGAUAAAGUUAUCUAAAGUAACUUUAGAAACUUUAAACCCUUUGUAUAAUUAUGCAAAUAUUUAUAGUAGUGGAAUAUUUAUAGUGGUGGUUUGUUGUGAAAUUUCUCUCUACAGAGUAAGGUUGGUCAAUUAAUAUGAAAAAUGCCAGUUGGUUAAACAUAAAAUUAGCAAUUGUCGAUAGAUCAGUAGUCUACUUUAAUGAAACUGAAUGACAAUGAAGAAGACAAAUAUCUUUAUGCUAGUAGUGUUUAUGUUGGUUGAGAAGACGGAGUGUGGGAAGGUGGAGAUUUUGGAAUGGAAAUCACUUUCAUUUGCUUAGUAUAAUGAAAUAUGAUAAGGGUGGAGAUUUAAUUGGCUGAUAAUUUCAGAUUUUGUGCCUUUCUCAUAUUGUUUAAUAAUCAUAUAUCAUCUGUCGCCAUUUUCCAUACUUGGUAAUAUAUAUGCUUUUCACAAAAUUUUCCUCUGUUGCUCGGGCAGUUGCUAGUUUUUGGGGUUUCUUGUAGUAGACAAUGGAACUGAUGACAUGAAAGGUACUAAUGAUUAUUUGUUUUUGCACUGUGUGCUUUGGGUUGCUCUAUCCAUACUUAACGAAGAUUUGAUUUUAUGAGAAGUAUAAAACCUUUUGCUUUCAUCACCCAAGGAAAAAAAAAGAUUGUUGUUAUUCUUUCGUUUCAUUUAUGGGCUACACCUCUUUGGUUGUUUUUUUCUCCCUACGAAUUGGAUGCCAACAGAUGACACGCCAUUUUUUAGGUCUUUGAGAUGCAGAACUGUGGUAAGUCAUACUUAUGUUAUGCCUUAAUCAAGUUACUCUGCCAGUGGUAGGUCUGUCAUUUAGAUAAGUUCUGUUGAUGAUGUAUCAAAACGAGCUGAAGAGUGGGAAUCCCUAGGAAACUAAGAUAAAUAUUAUCAAGUCAGAACGUCACUGAUGCUUAUUUAGUCAGCGUGACAAGUUACAGAAGUUGCUGAAAUGUCGCUUUGCAAACAGAAGACCUUUGCGCUUUUGGAAGUGGAGACAUACACAAGAAAACUAACUCUUCGGGAUUAUAAUUGGACAUACCCUCCAAUGGAGUAGAUUAGAUAUGGGAAGACCAAGAAAUCACUGCUUUUAGUCUUUUUUGUACUUUGCUGGUUGCCUACGUAUGUACUUUAUUGAUGUGUAAGGAAAUUACACGAGCCUUUAUCUCCUAAGAUGUGCACGUUGUACACAUUAA